GUGACAGGAAACAAACAGCAGUGGGUGAGGCGGACACCAGACUGAAGUGUUGGCGAUGCUCUCUCUCCGGGUCUGUCUCUGCGCGGUCCUGCUGUCGGACUCGGUCCAGGGAUACAACUAUUCGUUCAAUGGUUGGUCCAUGUCUGGUGCUGAUGAGGUAUCUGCCGUGGAAGGGGCCUCCGCUGUGUUACCCUGCACUUUCACCCACACACCCUCCGACCUCGCCAUCAACGGCUCCGUGAUCUGGUUCAGAAAGAAGAGGGAAUCAGAUGCUGAUAAACCGGUGUUUAACUGCACGUAUCCCAAUUCCGGCCCCUCCCGGUGCGAUGGAGCGACUCAGGAGGCCGGAGGAGGUCGGUUCAGAUUGGUGGGAAACCUCAGGCAGAGGGAUGCCUCGAUAAUGGUGGAGCGCCUGAGCCGGGAGGACGGUGGUCGGUAUCGCUGCCGGGUGGAGCUCAAUGUUGGAAAGUUUGAAACUCGAGUUCUAACGGCCCUGUCUGUGAGAGCUCCUGACGGGAACGGCUCAGUGGUGAACGGGACUGAGGGAGCUUCGGCCACGUUACCCUGUGUGUUCACACGGUAUCAGUUCUACCACAACCUACACACGGUGACGUGGGUGAGGAAGGAUCCCUACCGACACAUCGUCACCUUCACACACCAUAGAAAUGGGUCCUGGGCAGCGGAAAACGGAGUGACUCGGUACGAGCUCGUCGGGGACCCAGAGCAGGGAAACGCCUCGACCAGGAUCAAGCAGCUGAGUGCGGAGGACAGUGACGGGUACCUGUGUCUGGUGGAGUUCAGGAAACCGGACUAUUACCGUUAUCCGUUCUUCGGCCACAACCCCGACUACAAAAUAGACCACCCGUUUAUCCAUCUGUCCCAGUGUGAGGUCCGUCUGCGGGUCAGAGCCGGGAAUUUCAACCUUAUUAUUUCUGUGGCGAUUAUUCUGGUUCUGCUGUUCAUACUCUGCGUCCUCCUUGUUAUCUCCUGGAAAAAGAGAGUACACAUAUGGCUGAUGGGGUACAUCACGGGUACAAAAAGGAAUGCUCCAAGUUCAAUCAUCGCUGGCAGAACAGAGCAGAAGAAGGAACAGUCUAUGUCAGUGCAAGACAACUGCAGCUUGUACGACAAUGUAGUGCCCAACAUCAGUGAGAAAGUGCAAGACAACUACAGUGUGUACGACAACGUGCUCCCCAACAGCAGUGAGAAAGAACAGCUGGAUUCCUGCACUUAUGCCAGCCUUACGAUCAGUAGUGGGAAACCAAAGAAACCUCAAGCCAAAGAUCGAGUUCAAGGUGGGCAGAACCUCGAAGCCACAACUUCAGAUGUAAUCUACGCAACAGUGGCGAUGAAGCAAUAGGGGUGGUGAUUGGUGAGGGAGAGGAGUCCGCACUGUUUCUCUCCUUGGUCCCGGGAGCGACGUGUUCACUAGUGACUGGUUCUGACAUAUCUAUGGUUGCUGAAAUGCAUUGUUUGGAUGCGAACAACACCGACCCCCUAAGCCUGAGAGGAAGGGCUGCGUGUUGUGCUGAACUGUGAAGCCACUGAUGUUAACGGCUUGCCGAGUCACUGGGACGUUUCAGAAGGCAUUGAGUACGAAAAGGACUUGGUGCGAGGCAUCUCCCCUAGACCUUUGCAACCAAAGUAUGUUGAAGUGUCUCUACUGUUGUGGAGAACUUGUGUGCUUUGGAUUAGCCCAGGUCAUCCACACCAUCACUGACCCGAUCCAGACCAGCCUGUACCACUACCGACCCGGGCCAAGCCUUACAGGCAAAGUCCAGACUGAUGCAUGCUGUUACUAACCUGCUCUCUGGACUGAUCAAUGUCAUCACUGACCUGGCCUGGACUGGUGUAUAUCAUCACUAGACUGGUCAAUGUCGUCACUGACCUGGUCCAGACUGGUGUGUACAUCAAGGGACCAGGCUGUUAUUGUGCAAUUAGAAAGGGUUAAUCGAUGAUCUGGUAGUUAAGGAGUCUUUUGGGAAUACUGAUCAUAAUGUGAUAGAAUUUUAUAUAAAACUUAAAAGUGGUUUAAUUCAAUCUGAAACUGGAGUUUUCGAGUUGAAUAAAGCAAGCAUUUGAGGC